AUGAAUGAAAUAUUUCGAAAAAAAGCAGUAGUAUUUUCACAUGGCAGAAACAGGGAUAUUCUCAAACCUAAUGUUUCCAGGACUUAAUAUGAACAACCACGGUUGUAAGAAGGAAGGAAUCAAAGUUACGUCAAAUUUACCGUUGCAGAUGUCGUUAUAUUUCAAUGUGGUGUUUGCUCCCGUAUGGGGCAUAGUUAUUCUUCUGUUUUUGGACAAAAAUUACCACACCUAUAAUGAUCUAUACAAAUAUAUCAUCAUAACAGUUGUGUGCACUGUCUUUAUCAUGGAAGUCGUAAGGUUAUACCUUGGUUAUGAAGGAAAUCUGAAAAUUAAGAUUCCAGAAUUGGCCGGAUUUUGGAUGGUAUCAAUUUUGUUGCAGUUUCCGCUCCAAUGCCUUCUUCUAUUCCACCCUUAUUUCAAAAUGUACAUUCUAGAAAAAGUUGUGCAAGGAAUUAUGUUACUGAUGUUAUCCAUACAACUAAUCUUUGGUUUCCAUGCAUUGAAGUACACUGCGACUGAACAAGCCAAAUAUGUUCAAAUGAAGAAACAGAACCAAUAA